UCUCUGCGACGCACAUGACAGGGUGAAAGUGCAAGCCGCCAUUAUUUCGAGAGAUUUUUUACAUGAGUUUAUGCGACCAAAGACAGAGUGUGAGUUUUUAAACCCGGCCUUUUUCUGUUGUUUAUUAGACGAUAUUGUAUUAGAGAUACCGAAAAGGAGUGUUUUAGAAAUGCGUGCUUGUUUUACCCCAGGUUAAAGCACGGAGAAGCUCGGCGCUUCACUUAUCUGCAGUUGGCUUCCGAGCUGCUAGCUUAGGUUAGCGCCUGCUGUAAACAAACACAACAGUCUGCAAAGGCACAGCGGCUUCCCUCUGCUGGCUUGCCGUCUUAUGUCUCUUUAAUUUAGGUGUUUAAGGGCUACAAUAACGUUAGAAACACAGGGAUAUAACCGGCAGGCGACAGAAAGCUGCCCGAUGCCAAUAAUCUGCGCGGUAAGCUGCGCAACUUCAGUUUUGAUGACUGUGCGAGCUGCUCCAAAAUAGCUCAGAGCUCAGUUGCUUUGGAGCGGGUCGGGGGUUAGUUUUUAGUGGAAGCAGGAAGAGGAGAAGUUACCGGCAUGUCGUCCUUCUCCGAGUCGGCCCUGGAGAAGAAGCUGUCGGAGCUGAGCAGCUCUCAGCAGAGCGUCCAGACUCUGUCUCUGUGGAUCAUCCACCACCGCAAACACUCGGCCCUCAUCGUCAAAGUCUGGCACCGGGAGCUGAAGAAAGCUAAAAGCAGCAGGAAGUUGACGUUCCUGUAUCUGGCAAACGAUGUCAUCCAGAACAGCAAGAAGAAAGGACCCGAGUUCACCAAAGACUUCGAGUCUGUCCUUGUAGACGCCUGCUCCCAUGUGGCAAGUGAAAUUGACGAGGGUAGUAAAAAGCAAAUGGAGAGGCUGCUGAACAUCUGGAAGGAAAGGAGUCUCUACAGAAGUGAUUUCAUUCAGCAGCUCAAGCUGGCCAUAGAGGACUCCAGCAGCCCCAGACCCUCAGAAGAAAAGAAGCCCGUAAAACGAAGCUAUCAGAAGAUCCAGGAAGAUGAAGAGGAUGACGAUGACGACUACAGAAGCCAUAUAUCUCCACGGAUCGCAGAUUCCUCUGCGAAUCAGCUGACCGAGGAGCUGGUGAAGGCUCUGCAGGACUUGGAGAACGCCGCAUCGGGCGACGCAGCCGUCCGCCAGAAGAUCGCCUCUCUUCCUCAGGAGGUUCAGGAUGUUUCCCUCCUGGAGAAAAUUACUGACAAGGAGGCCGCGGACAAGCUGUCCAAAACUGUGGACGAGGCCUGUUUGCUGCUGGCAGAGUACAACGGGCGACUGGCAGCGGAGCUGGAGGACCGCAGGCAGCUUGCUCGCAUGCUGACUGAGUACAUCAGCAGCCAGAAGGAGGCGCUAGUGGAAAGGGAGAAGAAACUGGAGGAGUAUAAACAGAAGCUGGCGAGAGUGACUCAGGUGAGGAAGGAGCUCAAGUCCCACAUCCAGAGCCUCCCGGAUCUCUCCCUGCUGCCCAACGUUACCGGUGGAUUGGCGCCCCUACCUUCUGCCGGAGACCUCUUCUCCACCGACUGAGAGCUCUUGGGUUGAACAGACUACUGGAACGUCCCUCCUCAGCCAACCUCAGCCCCAUGUUUGAGUAACAAGGAUGCUCCUGGCUUUGCCUCCACCUCGAAGGCACGUGUGGUAAAACUUCUCACAGAAGAGCAGCGCAGUCCACCUGCUAAACUCAACCCCAGCAGGACAAGAAGGAGACAUGAGAGGAACAGCGGAGGAGAACCGAGACUCUGUCCGGCCGCGUUCUACGCCACCAGCCUGGAAGUUUGGUUCCUGAUUGUUUUUAUUUUAUUUUAAAUUCUGAAAUGUUCUUUCAAUUAAAAGGCCCAUCCUGUUUGCUAUGUUUUCCCAAUUCGUUUAGGUUAUGGCUUCAGUCUGAAGAGGUUAAUAUUCACUUUUAUUUUAUUUUUAUUUUUUUUUUUGGGGGGGGGGGCGUCUUUCUGUUGGUGUUUUUAUUUUUUAUUUUUAUCAGUGCUUGGCCAGAUAGGUAGGUUUUUUUUGUGUGUGAAAAGAUCAUGUUGGGCUCAGCAUGUGUGGACUUUUGUUUUCUUCUGUUACGUCACGUCUUCAUUUUAGUAACGUUUUUGAGUCCGCUUAAACGAGAUUUGUUGAAUAAAAGCGUCCAAAUACAAAUGGGAAAAAAGAAAACGAAAAAGAUAAAUUCUAGUGUUCAAGUGUUCUGGUUUUUUGAUAAAAAAAGACAGUGUCCAACCCAAAAGUAUCCUUUUUGUGCUUUUAGUUUAGGCCUAUAAUAUGAUUAAUCUGAAAAAGUUCUGUAAUGUGUGAUGCGUUUAAGUUUUGCAAAAGCGAGCUGGAAUUAGGAAAUAUUACAAAGUGUUCUUUCAAACAAGCUGCUGCGUGUACUUGUGUGUAAAAACAUACGUAUGAAAAGCUUAAACCUAAAAAUACAGCAGCUUCUGAAAAGGAAACCGAAGCUCCAGGUUGCAUGUUUAGAGUUUGCAAAUAUCGAAAAUGUAAAAUUUUAUUUAUCACAUCUGUGAACAGCUCAAAAUGGAAAAAAACAAACUAAUUUUCAUUUUCUAACCUCAACUCUUGAAAUUAUUAGCCUUAAAGGUCUGAAAUUAAUGAUACCAAAAUAUUUCAUUUUUGAACACAGUUCCUUUUAUAUUUAGUUGUUUUAAUUUUUGCCAGCUCUUUUAGAGGAAUAGGUGAUAAUUCAUCGGUCUGUUGGUUUAGGAAUGAAGAGAAGGAUGCAGAGGAGAUGAGGAGCAACUGGAUGAAGAAUUGUUUAAAUUAAGAUCAAAAGAUUUAACCCUGAAUUUAUAUUUAGCUUAUCUUUUAUUAGUUCUCUUUGACACCUUUUAUUGGUGGAUAGCCUCCUGUAUACAGCUAGAAAAAGUAGGUCCUUGACAUUUCAUCACAGACAAGAACGUAGUGACUACUUUCAGAGCGAAGGGCUCCUGCUGAUGUUUACUGAGCUGAGCAGAGUCUCCUGGCUGUCCAGAAGCACAUAUUUUUGUAAAAAGGAGUAAGUUAAGCUAAUCAGCUUCACUUGUUUUCAUUUCCUUUAAAAAGCAGCAGGCGAGCCAUGACGGGAGUCCUGAACCGACGUCUGUGGCUUUAAAACGGAUCCUCGUUAAAACCUUGAACUACUGAGCACCAGAGAAGAUUCUGGUACCCUUUUACUUCCCAAUGUGCUAAACUCGAUAAUAUUUAGAUACUUUCGUACCAUCCGGCUGUUAAGUUUCUCUCUUCAGAGCAAUGCUGUGCUACUGUAGGACAGUCCUGGAAGGAGAUGUGGGUUUCUCUAAUAAAAGUGAUUCAGUGGAUGCCAAUAAAGUGGAACCAUUUGAACAAA